UACUCCAACUUCAUUUCCCGGCCGUGUCCCAACACUCUCCCUCCUCCUCCAAUGGCACUCAUUUCCACUACGCUGCUCUUCACGGCGGCGCUGCUAAUCUCCGCAGCCGCCGCCGCCACCUGCCCCAACUGCGGCACCACCCCAGUCCCCUACCCCCUCAGCACCGGACCAAACUGCGGCGACCAAUCCUAUAAAAUCCUCUGCGACAACAACAACAACGACUACUCCCUCAAAUUCCAAACCCUAAACAACACCUACCCCAUCACCACCAUCACCCCCGAGACCCAACGCUUCGUCAUCCAGCCCUCCGCCUUCCUACCCAACGCCUGCGUCACACAGGAUCUCUCCACCCUGGGCAUCCAAAUGAACCCCUCCCUCCCCUUCAACAUCACCAGCAGCAACACCAUCCUGUACCUCAACUGCACCCCUCUCCUCCUCAGCUCCCCCCUCAACUGCUCCUCCGCCAGCCUCUGCCACGCCUACGCCAACUCCACCGGCGGCGCGUGCCGGAACGCGCCGAUCUGCUGCACGUUCCGGGCGGGGGGGUCGACGACGUCGUACAUGGUGCGGGUCAGGGACUCAGGGUGCCGGGCGUACACGAGUUUCGUUGAUUUGGACUACGGGUUGCCGGUGAACCGGUGGCCGGGGCCCGGGUUGGAGAUCCAGUGGGUGUCGCCGCCGGAGCCGGUUUGCGGAUCGCAGGCGGAUUGUGAUUCGAACUCGACGUGCGGGGCGGAUCCGAAUGGGAAUGGGGUGCGGAGGUGUUACUGUAACUCGGGUCUUUAUUGGGACCCGAUUGAUGGGUCGUGUGCUGAACGUGUGACGUGUCAGAAUCCGGACGGUUGUGGGAAUUCAACGGAUCGGACUGCGCUUAUCGCCGGUUUAACCUCGGGUCUGGGCACAGCACUCGUUGCAUCAAUAAUCGGCAUCCUACUCUACAAACGCCACCGCCGCAUCAAAGAAGCGCAAGAUCGUCUCACCAGAGAGCGCGAAGAGAUCCUCAACGCCAAUGGCGGCGGCAGGUCUGCUAAAGUCUUCUCCGGCAAGGAGAUCAAGCGAGCCACCAACAACUUCUCCCGCGACCGCCUCCUCGGCUCUGGCGGCUACGGCGAGGUCUACAAAGGAUUCCUCAAUGAUGGCACUGUGGUCGCUGUCAAGUGCGCCAAGCUCGGAAACACCAAGGGCACCGAGCAAGUCCUCAACGAGGUCCGGAUCCUCUGCCAGGUCAAUCACCGCAGCCUCGUCGGCCUCCUCGGCUGCUGCGUCGAGCUCCAACAACCGCUCCUAGUUUACGAAUAUGUCGCUCACGGAAACCUCUUCGACCACUUACAUGGCCCCAGUCGGAGUCAAAUAUUUUGGAACCACCGCCUGCGAAUCGCCCAAGCGACGGCGGAAGGGCUGGCCUACCUCCACUUCUCUGCCGUGCCGCCGAUCUACCACCGUGACGUGAAAUCGAGCAACAUUUUGCUUGAUGAGAAAUUGAACGCGAAGGUUUCAGAUUUCGGAUUAUCUCGUUUGGCUCAUACAGAUUUGAGCCACGUAUCGACGUGUGCGCAGGGUACACUAGGGUAUCUGGAUCCAGAGUACUACCGGAACUACCAAUUGACGGAUAAGAGUGAUGUUUAUAGCUUCGGAGUGGUGCUUUUGGAGCUGUUGACGUCUCAAAAGGCAAUUGAUUUCAAUAGGGAUGCAGAUGAUGUGAAUUUGGCAGUUUACGUAGGGAGAAUGGUGGAGGAAGAGAGGAUAGUGGACGCAGUUGAUCCAAUGCUGAAGGAAGGAGCGAGUGAAUUGGAGUUGGAGACAAUGAAGGCAUUAGGGUUUUUGGCCGUCGGGUGCUUGGAGGAGAGGAGACAGAAUCGGCCUUCGAUGAAGGAGGUUGUGGAGGAGAUUGAGUACAUAAUCAGUCUUGCUACGGCCAAGGUGGUGGCGUAGUCGUACGAAAGAUUGAACAACAAUGCUUCAAGAGUAAUAAUCAAAUUCUGGGUGUGGCUACGUUAUCUAUCCAUCACGCCAAUACAAUUAUUAAUAGAAAUACCACCCAAACUGUGGUAAGUGGUAGUAAUAAUAAGUACCACAGCCUUAAUAAUGAUCAAGAUUGAUUAGAUCAGUGGUGUUGUUGGCUUAAUGGGAUUAUAUAUUUAUCGGUCAAAACGAGAAACUUCAUUAAUGAUUGUAGUUGGUUUAUUUAUAUA